CCAGAUGGCCGAGGCCAUGGCUCAGGACUUGGAGAGGCUGGGAGUGCGGGGGCUGCGCGCGCACCGCCGCGUGUGGCUGGGCCUGAGCAAGGUGCUGUCGCUGCUGAGCGAGACGUGGGGGCGCACGCACACGCUCGUGCUGGGGCUGCUCUUCGUCUCCUUCGCCUCGCUCAGCUUCCUGCUGCUGCACAUCGUCCUCACCAGAGACAUGCUCUCCUCCAUCUGGUGGUUCAUCAUCAGCUACGUCCUGACCGUCUGGAGCAUCUACAGCAUCUGCAACUCGGCGCAGCACGCCACUGACUCUCUGAGGCGCCCUGCCACGAAACAGCUCCUGACGAUGUCCUAUUCCGCGAAAGAUGACAAGACGAAGAUCGAAAUUCUGCACUUCCUGCGAGAUAUUGAGAUCGAGCGGCCCAGGGUGUCCAUGUGCCGCCUGACGGUGCUGUCGCGGUCCAGCAUCUUGUCGCUGUUCGCCCUGGCCAAUACCUACAUCGUGGUGCUCUCCCAGUUCACAAUCUCCGUGGAAAUGGCCGAGACCAACUUUACGGAGGACCCCGGCAUGCAGGCCACGCCCGGAGAGUGACCCACCCGUGCGCCCCGUGCGCCCUGCGACCUUGGAACUUGCAUUAAAGUGCGAGCCUCGUUACCGACUACAAAUGUCUGCUCC